AUGGACAGGUACGCAGCGAACCCUGUUUUCGAGCCUUUGACGCUGCAGUCUGUGAUUUCACUUGCAGAUUUAUCGAGUUUCGGGAAAGCCGUCGGUCGACACCAUCAUCGGAACACACGAACUGGAAAAAAAAGGAUCUCUUCCUCUGAUCACAUCGACUGUCAUCCAUCCAACCCGGACCACCCUGCUCGGGAAAGUAUCGCAUCUCAUCUCAUCGCAUCGACUCGGAUCACCCGCUCGUCUACGCGCCGGCUUCACAGCUGUGUCAGUGCAAGACUAGGGAAUCACCAAGACAGUCGGUCUCGAUCCGCCGGGCCACUUCUGACCAGAUCUCCUCUGAACCGGCUCUGA